UAUUCCUGUACAAGGUCCUCAAAGCUUACUUCUCCACAUGCCCUCCUAUCCUUACCUACUACCACCGGCCAUUCUAUAAUAUCAUGAAUCACACCACCACCUCCUCUUCUUCCUCCUCCACUUCCACCACCACCACCACGAAACGCUCCAAAGACGGAGAAAUCAGCGACGAAGUUACCAAAAAGUCCAAGAAAACCGAAAAUAUUGAUCAAGGAGAACACCCCGUCUACCGCGGCGUCCGACGGCGGAGCUGGGGCAAAUGGGUGUCGGAAAUCCGAGAGCCAAAGAAAAAAUCAAGAAUAUGGCUUGGGACAUUUGACACCCCAGAGAUGGCAGCUGGAGCCCAUGAUGUAGCCGCAAUUGCAAUCAAAGGUCACUCGGCUAUCCUCAACUUCCCCGAACUCGCUAACCAGUUUCCCAAGCCGGCUUCCAAUUCCCCUAGAGACGUCCAAGCCGCAGCACUCAAAGCCGCCACUUUUGUCCUUCGAAACCUUAAUUCCAGUAAAGACGAAUCGGAGCCGAGACAGCUUGAGCUUCCAUGUACAUGUUCUUCAUCGUCACCUCAAAGUAACAUAACGGAUGACCCGUUUCUUGAUUUGCCGGAUCUCUUUAUGGAUCUCGGGAACCGGAUUCUCUAUACAUUGCCGGAGAAAUUUACCGGUAACAGUGAAUUCUGGCCAGAAGACCAUUUCUUGUGGAACUAUAUAUAGUUAGACAAGUUUCUAUGCCAAAAAAAUAUUUACAAUUAAAAACCAGAUUUUUUGUAUAUCAAAUUGAAGUUAUAUUGUAUUUUUUUUUUUUAAUUUUUGUAAAUUAAUGAAGUUAAUUUAUGGUCAUUUUUUUUUAUCUGCA